UCUCAACGUACACGAAACCACCCCGUUGCAAACACGAUACACACGUACAGCGAGAGACGACCACCCGGGGCGCGCUCACGAGCGUACCAUCAAUUUUCGUCAUGAUGAGGUUCGAGUCCGUAAUUGGCUUCGCGCUCAUAGUCGCCGGGCUCUGGCCGCUGCACGCGGCCGCGCAGAAGUACGCCGCUAUCUUCAACUUUGGCGACUCCCUCGCCGACGCCGGCAACCUCGUCGUGGAUGGCAUCCCGGAGUACCUCGCCACGGCGCGCCUACCGUAUGGCAUGACGUACUUCGGGUACCCGACGGGGCGCGUCUCCGAUGGCGGCCUCGUCGUCGACUUCAUCGCGCAGGAGCUGGGUCUGCCUCUGCUGCCGCCGUCCAAGGCGCACAACGCGUCGUUCCACCGUGGUGCCAAUUUCGCGAUCACCGGCGGCACGUCGCUGGACACGAGCUUCUUUGAGGCGCGUGGGAUGAGGCACACGGUCUGGAACUCCGGCUCCCUGCACACCCAGCUCAAGUGGUUUCAAGACAUGAAGCCAUCCAUCUGCAACUCGCCAGAAGAGUGCAGGGACCUGUUCCGGCGGUCGCUGUUCAUCGUCGGCGAGUUUGGCGGGAACGAUUACGCGGCGGCGCUCGGCGCGUUCCUCCCGGUUCAGAAGGUGCACACGUUCGUGCCGCACAUCGUCGACUCCAUCGGCAAGGGAAUCGAGAAGCUGAUCGCGGAGGGGGCGGUGGAGCUGGUUGUGCCGGGCGUGCUGCCGAUCGGCUGCUUCCCCGUGUACCUGUCCAUCUUCCUCAAGCAGCAGCCGGAGAUGUACGGCCCACGCAGCGGCUGCAUCAAGGACCUUAACACGCUGUCCUGGGUGCACAACGCCCUGCUGCAGCGGAAGAUCGCCGGGCUCCGGAAGAAACACCCCAGCGUGCGCAUCAUGUACGCGGACUACUACACCGCCGUCACGCAGUUCGUCCUGCACGCCGAGAAGUGGGGUGAGUUUUUGGAAUGCGUGCAGCUCAUUUAGUCUAUGCUGUGCUGUUCCUUGUUACUUUUCAUCAUGAGAAAUGGUCAUGCAUGAUUUAGCAAAGUCGUUCUUGAUGAUGUCGCUAACUUUUGUUGAAAUGUUCCUACAUCUAAAUGCAAGAAACAGAGUAGAAAUUGUGCCAACUCGCUAUCAAGGUUGGAAGCAAAGAACAAUUCAAUGACCGGAUGUGAUGUUUGUAAACUUAUGUAUCUACAUCAUCGCUACAUUUUCUACAUGAUGACAGACUACUUAGUUUUUCCCUGAAAGCAUGAUGUCAAUAGUUGACCAGGAGCUAAUUUUUUUUAAAUAAUACAUUUUUUUUAUUAAUUUACAAAAAUAUUACGCUGAUAUAAUAUUUUUCAAAAAUAUUAUCCAAUCAGCCCACAGCUGGCCGACUGCUCCUAGUCAGCCAGCUGCAAGCCGACAGGGCCUUCUCGGCCAACUGCAGGCCGACAGGGAGGCAAUCGGCCACGCGUGGGCCGACUAUUGGCCCGGCCACGUCGCCCCGGGAGCUGUCGGCGCGGGCGCACUCACGGGCGCCCCAGUCGGCCAGCUGCCGACCGAUCGGCCAGCGGCAGGCCGACAGGGAGCGGGCCCGCAGCGCAGCCUCUUUUUCUUCUCCUUCUCCUUCUCUUUUCCUUCCCCACCUCACGCACAGCACAACGUUCUCUGUUCUUCUUCCUUCCUCCUCUCUCCAACCCUAAAUAGCUCCAAUUAAUACACCAAAAUGACCCGUUUUUUUUUGCGGAUUUGGCACCGUGAAUGGGUUCUACUUAGCUAGAGGAGCCAAAAGACACCUCGAUCUACUGAUGGGGUAGCUUGUGGUGGUUGUGCUGAAGAUUUUGUUGGAGCAUUUUUUCAGCUCAUUUGUGGAGGUUGUGGAGGCAGAGGUGGAGGUUGUGGCGGUGGUGGAGGUGGAGGUGGUGGUGGAGGUGAAGCUGCAGGAGUUUGGUGGAGUUUCCGGCUCCGGUUCCAGUGAUUGAAGGCCGCCGUUCGUCGUUCGCGCGCACGCUUCAAGGGUGAGCCAAGAUGUCUGAUGUAGUGAACAUCAGAUUUUACUACGGUCCUGGUACUGUCCAAACAACUGAGAUGGGAGCUGAUAUGAGUGAAUUUACUCACAUAGAUGUGCCAAUGAGCGCACCUCAAACAUGGUCUGUCAGUCAGUUGAAAGAAUGGAUUGCGGCAAGUUUAGGUCUUGAUACUGAAACACACACCGUCGGUGUUCAUGCAUUGUGGACACGGUCAAGUACAAUAAUUUACUUUUAUUUGAGGCCAAUAGAGCGAGACUCCGAUUGGGUGCGGUGGUUACAAGGUUGUGAACGAAGGGGAUGCAAUCCUAUUGCUUUAGUGCUUCCCGUCGUGAAGGGGGUCACUGCACAUGAAGGCCAAGGUGGCAACGAUCCUGGGCAGAGCAGUGUAGGUAGGCGGCUAUCUAUGUCAAAUGCUGGAGAUGAUGGUUACGAACAAGGACAGAGCAGUCAGGUAGAAGGAGGAAAUGCUUAUGAUUAUGAACCAGGGCAGAAUAGUCAGGUAGAAGGGGGAAAUGCCAAUGGUGAAUACAAUGGCGAGGUUGACGCUGACGAGGUAGAUGGGCACAUGCAGGACCAGAUGGAAGAAGAAGACACUGAUGUUGAAAGGGGUUAUGCCGAUGAUUCUGGCGAGUCAGAUGAAGAAGAAAAUGCAGCGGAGGUCCCGAAUCCUGCAUGGUGGAAUCAUGACUUCUCAUCUGCAAUGACCGUGAAUGAUGGACAUGAUUCAGCCAGCAGGAGCCUAUGGAUAUCAUGCGUCUAUGUCGGCAUCACAUGAUACGUGGGGGAGUGAUCAUCAUCCCGAGGAUCACAUACAGGCUCCGAUGUCGCAGCACACCCACUGGAUGAACAUGUUUUCGACUCCUCCACCAGGCCCCACACAGGAUACACAGCAUGACCAGGAAGAGUCUGAGAUUGCACCGUGUCCCAUUAGGGCACCUGACAGAUGGGGAUGGACGCCGAUUCCAGAUCCGCCUCCCCUCGAGGCCAGACGUCGUCACUGAUGCUUCUAUCUAUCAGUACAGACAUUACCAUCUAUUUAUGUGUGAGACUUAUGUCUAUUCUAUGUAUGAGACAAAUGACUAUGUACUUAUGUAUGAGACAUAUGCCUACUCUAUUUGAGUACUAUAUUAUCCGAACUACAACAUCAUAUUUAGAUA